UUUCAUGAUCUGCAGACCAGAAUGUCAAGAUGGAAGCAGUUUUUGCUUCUCUCUUCAUUUUCCUCUUCUUAUUUCUCCAAUUUCUCGUAAUCAGCAACACAACUAUCGAACCAGAGGUGCCAGAGUUCAGCUUUGAUGAACAUAGUGGCAUAAAAUAUGAUCCUAAAAGCCCCUUGAUCAAGUGUACUUAUUUGCCCUUGCAGUUCCUGGAAUGCGACACCCCAGUUGAUCUGACUGGUAACGAGACAGCCAGAGAUUCUCUCGGAUAUGGAUGUACGAAGUGGGGAGGGGAGAAAUAUGAAGAAGUCCAAAAUACGUCUGUGAUGUGUCGAGUGCUGACUGGCAUUGAGUGCUAUGGAGAAAGAGCAUUCCUAAAAGAUGGAUUUCCUUGUAUAAAAUAUAAUGGUCACUAUUUUGUAACGACGCUAAUUUACUCUGUGCUACUUGGCUUCCUUGGAAUGGACCGAUUUUGUUUAGGACACACUGGUACAGCAGUAGGGAAACUUCUGACCCUGGGUGGAGUUGGAAUUUGGUGGAUUGUGGAUGUGAUCCUGUUGGUGACUGGAGGCCUUUUGCCAGCUGAUGGAAGUAACUGGGUGCCAUAUUACUGAGGACUUCGAAUGAUGUCCUGAAUUGUCAAGGGUUGUUCGCAAUCGAUAUACCGAUCUAGUGGUUAAGGCAUAGGCCUUGUGAAUAGAAGGUUGAGGGUUCAAGGCCCACUGAUAACCUCUUUCCGAUGCGGCCGGUUGUUUAGCCGCCAGCUUGUUCAAUAUAGGGUACAAACUGCCUUCUUGCCAGGCACCUGGCAUAAGAAAUAGGAAUUUCGAAGUGAGGAGUGUCUCAUAAGCCAUAGCUGGCUAUCCCUUUCAUUAGGGGUGACACUAUGAUAAACAAAAUUAACUUUUCUGUCAAAUUUCAUAUUUCUUUGUGAAGAGUUUUUUGUCGGCGUGUCCUCCAAAGAAAGUUCAGAAUUGAACACUGAGAACUAGUUCUGAGAACAGUUUUAAUUUUCAGUGCUUCAGCUGCAGUUUUGAACAGGUUGUAUUGGGUAACUUUUCCUAAUUACAAUCAUGUUGUGGUUCGUGAAGGGUUAUUUACUCUCGAUAAACUGAUGAAUUUAAUCAUGCAGUGAGAUUUUCUUCUGCAAUUUUGCUCUGGCUGGUGUGAGGCAUUCAAAAAUUUCAAACUUGACUUCUAACGGUUUUAGAUGUACAAACCAGGAAGUCCAAAAGGAAUUUCUACUGAACAUUUGCUAGAAAUCCUGUUUGCAGUAAUAGAAUGAUCACAGCAAUGGUCUUGGGGAUAGUAUUUGGAGAGAAUUU